GCUCAUCAUGGCUUCUCACGUCGCAUCCAUGGCGGCCACUGCCUACGCGAAGGCUCAGAACGCGCCCGACCUCAAAGGCUCGUCGUUCGCCGACGCCGAGCUCGCCGUCAACAACAGCAACUUUAUCAAGACGUACGACGUCCUCGUUGGCGACAAGGGCCGUGCUCACCUCAUGCCCAAGCGAGGAAUCGCCGUCUUGUGCUGCAUGGAUGCUCGUCUCGACCCGAACGCCAUGCUCGGCCUCGAGGUGGGCGACGCGCACAUCAUCCGGAACGGCGGUGGCAGGGCGGCCGACGCGCUCAGGAGCUUGAUCGGCUCGCAGGAAGCCCUCCAGACGCGCGAGAUCAUCGUCAUCCACCACGAGGACUGCGGCUACUCGCACGCGUCGACGUGGGUCAUCCAGAAGGCGCUCAAGGCUCGCACCGAGCCGGCGGCGCACCCGUUGGUCGACCAGGUGUCGCUGCAAGAGUUCACGGACCCGCGCGAGAGCGUCGCCGAGGACGUGGCGUUCCUGCGCGAGCACCCGCUCGUGCACCCGGACAGCAAGGACAAGAUCUCGGGGUGGGUGUACCAGGUGAGCAACGGCGAGCUCAAGCGGGUGUGCUGAGGAAGGAGGGUCGGAGCGGGAUCUGGUGGGAGGAGCGUGGGUGGGCCUCGCAGGACCGGUACAGUGUAACGAGUAGAACAGUGACUGUC